AUUCGAUCUAAGUCGUGUUUACUCGCAAAAAAGUCAAAAUGGCGGCUGAGUCAGGAUUCUAAAAUAUUUUCUCGAAUUUUACAGAAUUAUGUGGUAUUGAGCCCACAUAAGUUAUUAAACCAUGCGAAGGUCGAGGGGUCCCAACUCUAAUUCUUCAAAUAGCGCUAAUUCCGGCGGUUCAACUGCGACGACCAAUAGCUCAGCCGCCGGUACUGUACCAUCUCUUUUGAAAGAACUUCAUUCAUUGGUCCUUCAAAUACAGGAAGAGAGAAACCGCAGUGAGCAUAAUUUGGGCAACAUUGCAAAGACGCACGAGAAAAUGAAGACAGAGGGAAAAGUUUCAUCGUACUUUAAGACCAAGCUAAGGGGUCUGUACAAGACUGCAAUGUCCGAUGCGGAGGCAGAGGCUGACAUCAUCCGAAAAACUCUGGACAAGAUCGCCAUUAUCAAAGCAUUGCGCAGUGACCGGAGAUCUGCCAGGGGUGGCAUGUCAAGUGGCCAGGGCUAUCAAGACACAGGGGAACCUAGGAAAGCAAUGAGGCGUGGUGUCCUGAUGACUAUGCUGCAGCAGGCUGCGUCACAGCUCCCCAUGAUGAUUGGCAAGUCCUCGGAAAGCCCUCCCCCUCUUUGUGGUGCUGUACCGGCUGAACCAAACUACAUUGCACAACCAGGAGAUCAUGUAGCUGCUCGUGUUAAGACUUCAGACGGAGAAGAGCAAUGGAUCCUGGCUGAAAUUGUAUCAUUUAACCCUGGAACUAACAAAUAUGAUGUAGAUGACAUUGACGAAGAAGGAAAGAAUGGCAAGGAACGUCAUCACCUGAGUAGACGACGGGUUGUGCCCCUCCCAAAAAUGAAGGCUAACCCUCAGACCCACCCAAAUGCACUGUUCAAGAAGGACCAGGUUGUAAUGGCGCUGUACCCACAGACAACAUGCUUCUACAAGGCUUGGAUUCACGAACCACCAACUAGACCACAAGAUCACUACUCAGUGUCAUUUGAAGACACCUCGUACGCUGAUGGCUUUGCACCACCUCUCCACGUGCCCCAAAGAUAUGUGGUGGUGGUGAAAGAAACCAAGAGAAGAUAAACAACAAAGAUCAUUUAUGUAAACUAUAAUAUAGCAGGGACCAUUAAAAGUAGUACCCUUCCACCACCCCCCCCCCCCUCUCUCCCACCACCACCACAAAAGGGGCUAAUUUGGUUCCUUCUAUACUACUUGCACUUGUAUGCUGAUGGCUUCGCACCACCUCUUCACAUGCCCCAAAGAUAUGUGGUAGUGGUGAAAGAAAUCAAGAGAAGAUGAACAACGAAGAGUAUUUCUGCUAGUUAUUCCAUAACUCAAACCUUCCUCUAAGUCGUAUCUCUUUUUCUUCAUGUACUUUUUUUUACGAAAUAAAUCUUACAGUAACCAAACAAACAAAGCACAACAUACAUAUUUUUGACAGAUAACAAAGUCAGCACAUUAGGUCAUAAGGACCACUGUUAUUAACUAACACAGACUUCCUGACUGGGAGUAUUCCCUCAAAGAUUUUGCCAUGCUGCUUGGCAACCUUAUUUGCUUACUUUACAAAACCCUCAAGGUGGUCAAGGUAACAAUAAACGAAAAGGUUUGAGGGUUUACUCAGGGAUCCAGAGCCUCCAUGAGGCAUGGCUUUCAAAGAAACACAUAACAUUAACAAUACACUGCACCAAAAUUUGUUUAAUGUUUUUCAAGCAAUGCAUAAGAUAUGUACAUUCUUACGGAUUAUCGACAAAGCUAGUUAGAUUGGGAUGCAUUUAUGGAGAUGAAAAGCCAGACUGAAUUUUUAAAAGGAAAUCAUCACAUUUUAACUUUGACCCAGCCAAUAUGGUUGCUGUGUAAUCCAGAAUCCAAAAUUUAUUUCUUUCUCUAAAGAAGGAAGGGACUACAGUCAUGGUUCUUUGGAAAUGGGAGAGCUUCGGCAUGUGGUCAAGGGCCAACUCGAAAAAAAAGAAAAUUGGAAAAAAACGAGCCCUGUAUAUUUUGUUAAUAUUGUGCCAAGAAUAAAAGCUGCAAAUAUCUAUUA